AUGGUUCUCCACGCCUCCUCGUCGAUUGUGAACUUUCUCGCAUUAUGUUCUUUAAUUCCUCAAGCCAUCUCAGCGCCGACUAAAGUCAUAUUCGGGCCAACAGUGACGCUUGAUUCUGGCAUCAUUGUAGGAACCACGGCAAGACCCUCGAACCAACUUUCCUUAAAGGCGGCAAACGUUUACCUGGGAGUUCCCUUUGCGCAAUCGCCUCCGGAGCGCUUCUCGCCACCCAAAGCAGCACCAGCAUGGUCGUCUCCCUUGAUCGCACAGGCUGUCAAGCCAGCAUGUAUCCAGCAAUUCAUGGGCACCGGCGAAGCUCGUCGGAAAAGUAUGGAGUACUUCAAUAACCCUCCUGCGAACGAAGCCCCAGAAGAAAGUGAGGACUGCUUGUACCUCAAUGUGUACACGCCUCCCCACUUAACAUCGAAGAGCAAAAAGGCAGUCAUGUUUUGGCUCUAUGGUGGCAAUUUGGCCUUUGGUAGUGCUGGGCUUGCAAGUUACGACGGAACCUCUCUCGCUAUCAACGAGGAUGUUAUUGUGGUCACUACCAAUUACCGAACAAACAUAUUCGGGUUUUCCAACUCCCCUGAGAUCCCAUUCGGGUCGCAGAACGCCGGUUUCUUGGACCAACGAUUCGCCUUACAGUGGGUUCAAGACAACAUUGAGAGAUUUGGCGGCGAUCCCAGUCGAGUGAUGAUAUUUGGAGAGUCAGCAGGCGGUGAAUCAGUUAAGCAGUUGCUAGCUAACCCACCGAGCCCUUUACCCUUUUCAUCAGCAAUACUACAAUCUCAGAAUGCUGUACUUACAGGCAACGGCACGGCCAACUACCUGCAGGUCUUGAAGCAAUUCUCCUGCACAGACAUGGCAUGUCUUCGCAAAGUCCCUGCUGAGGACAUCAAAGCCUACAUUGAACCGAAUUCCCUCGCAUUCCCACCAGUGGACGGCGACGGCACAUCCACUCAAGAUGUCCGCCCCAAUAUUCAGUCGGGAAAGUUCGCCAACGUGCCCACGAUGUUUGGAAGUGACCUCAACGAAGCACGCAUCUUCCUCGAAGCGGCUGGUCUUAAAGAUGGUGCUGCUAGCAACAGCACGCUCACUGCCGUAUUCAACAUGUACAGCAUUACAUCACAGAAAGACCGCGAAGGUCUAAUCGCUUUGUACGCAUCUCGAGGCUUCCCCGACCCCUACGAAGUAGCAGACAGAAUUUUCACCGAUCUAGUCUUCACCUGCACGACCGCUCGUCUAGCCGACUACCUCGCCCAGGCCGGCCGCACCACCUACCGCUACCUCUACACCCCAUCUUUCCCCUCCACCACCCUCUUCCCCAAUGCCGGCGCAUACCACACGAGCGAAAUCUCAGAAGUUUUCGGCACAUACCCACUCGCGAACAGGUUUGGUGUCGCAACCAGGCAACAAAUCAAGCUCAGCGCAUUCAUGCAAAAGACGUGGGCGGGUUUUGCAAAAGAUCCCACGAGUGGUGUUGGAUGGCCCAAGUUGGGCAGUGCCGGGGGUAAGGAACUGGGUGUGUUAGGGGAGAAUGGAAGUUUUGGUGUGACGGUUAAAGCACAGGCUGGGACGGAUUAUGCUUGUCCGUUGUAUGCGCAGGCUGAGGAUGCCGCGCAGUUGUCAUUUUAA